AACUCCAUCUCUAAGAUGAGAACCAUCGAAUCGCGGUCACUCCCUUCUCAAGGCUUCAAUGACCAUGCCACGAGCCAAAGAUCUUUUGUUGGGUUCACUUUUUCGAAUUUUCCAAUUCGAGAAAGGUGUCGACCAAAGAAAGAAAGAAGAGAUAUCAUUCAUUCAUCAUUCCCUUCUGGCUCACUGUCUCCUUGCAACGGAAAGAUAUUCGGUGCUUCAGACCAAGAGAUCAGUCAGGUCUUUGUAGAAUAGAGUACUAAUAGAUUAGAUCAGAACAAUCUCAGCUCGCAAGAGGGUAUCAUCAUCUUUGAAAGAUCAGCAGAUUAGAAAGAACACACCUAAACCAGUCAAGAUGUUGAAGAUGAAUGUAAUGAGACGAGCGUCUACUACCACUCACGACAAUGGCGACGGGACGGUAACAACCAUCACCACGUCGUACAAUCUGGAUGGUACCAAGGUAACCAAGAAGAAGACGCUUCCCAAGCACAUUCCGGAAAAUGUGGACCGUGGCACGGGUUCUCCUGUACCUGCCAAGAGAGCGUCGUAUGGGUAUGAGUCUCUCGAACAAGCGGCGGAACAAGUCAAGAGCGAACUGCGCAAGGUACUGGGAGUUCCUCACAGCGACAAUCAUCUCUUUGAAAACAAGGUCGCUCGUGCCAUUCCUGCCGAGAUUGUCCUGAUUGCCAGUCAAGACGAUGUCACACAAGCUCAAGAGAGUGAUUCGGCCAGACGCAAAUACGAAUUGCCCGACAUUCCCAAUACGCGCAGUGAUUCCGGAUCACUAGCAACGUGUGCGCUCUUGCAAAUGUUCUUUGAAGAUCCCAAACGACUCGUCGCUGGCAACAGCAACAAGCAGCCCUACAAUUACCGGCAACUUCUGCAACAAAUUCAAUCUCGUGUCAAGCAAUGUAGUUCGUUGCAACAGGCCAAUCCCGUCAUUUCGUCCUCGCGGCCCUUGGGACCACCCGCGUUGAAGGGUGGACAGUUUGCACCCUUUUACAUUGUUCCUCCGGGUUUUACCGGCACCCGACGGGCCCUCCUCAUUUGCGUCGUGUCGGGAGAAGGACACGACCUCAAGGGACCACCCAAUGAUAUUCAAUACGUGCAUCAUUUCCUGACACAACAUUGUGGAUUCAAGGACAAGGACAUUAUCCAAUUGCGAGAUGAUCAGCACGCUCCGGCAUCGUCCAAACGAUCCACCAAACAAAACAUCCUCGAUGGCUUUUCCAAAAUGGUACGCAUGUCCAACCCCAACGAUGUAUUGUUCAUUCAGUACACCGGACACGGGGGGCGAUUGGGAGAUAAUCUGUACAUUUUGCCAUCGGACUACAAGGAAAAUGGACAAAUCAUGGACGAUGAUAUUCUCAAGGAUCUGAUCAAGUUCUUGCCCGAAGCGGUGCAUUGCACCAUGCUGGUCGAUUGUUGUUACUCAGGGGUCAUUGGGGAUUUGCCCUAUAGUUUGCAUUCCAACAAGAAAGGAGUGGAUAUUGAACAACAGCAGACGAUUGGUAGUUAUUAUGAUACCGAUACCCGAGAAGAAAUGAUUGAACAUGAAGAACUUUGUGAUGAAGACUACAAGGCAAAGCAAGAGGCACGCUCCAAAUGGCGUAACAUGAAUCGUAUUGCCACCGUGGCAAAGGAGAUGGCCAAGGAAGCGGCUGAAAAGGCCAAAGAAGCCGCUGAAAAGGCCAGCAAGGCGGCUGGUGAAGCCAGCAAGGUAGCGUCCAAAGCCGCGGGUGAAUACGGAAAAGUCGCGUCCAAAGCUGCUGGUGAAUACGGAAAAGUUGCGUCUAAAGCCGCUGGAGAAUACGGAAAAGUCGCGUCCAAAGCGGCGGGAAAAGCAGCUGUAUCGGCCCGAGAGAGAGGCGCACAAGUCCGACAAUCGGCUGGAAAAGCGGCUGAACAGGCACGAAACAAAGCAGCCGAUUUUCGACGGUCGCAAACCACUGACGCGGUUCCGAGGGGACGCAAACGAACCGACGACGAAAAUGCCAGUCGUGGAGUUCCACCAAUGGCCAGGCCCACAUCCCCAAUGAAUCGCAGCAAGACCGUGGGACUGGGACACUCACCACCACGACAGCGACCACAACCACAAGCUCAGCAACAAAAGCCAGCACUUCGUCGAGUGGCCACGGCACCUGCACCGCAUGCCAUGCCAUCGAUACGACGGACGAAAACCAACGACACGGCGAAUGCGCCUUCUCCUGCAAUGCCAUCGAUACGACGGACCAAAACCAAUGACACGGGGAACGUGCCUUCUCCUGCAAUGCCAUCGAUACGACGGACCAAAACCACCAAUGACACGGCAAAUGUGCCAUCUGCUCCGUAUCGUCCCAAACCUAUUUACGUGAAUGAGUCCUCGUCGUCAUCCAAACCAACCGUACGAAGAACCAAAACCAAUGAAGAAAUUGCUAGAGAGCAAGAGGAAGCGGCAAGAAGGGCGGCAGUGGCACAAUCGAGACGAGAUGCCAAUCAAGCACGAACACAGCCCCAACGAGCCAGGUCUACCGACGGCGUGGAUUAUGAAUCGGCUGCUAGACGAGCCGCUGUGGAACGCUCUCGUCGGGAGGCUGCCGAAGCUCGUGCGAACAAAAUGGGAGAGGAAAGUCCCAGAGAUUAUGAAUGGGAGGAAGCAGCACGGCGAGAAGCUGUCGAACGGUCCAGGAGAGAAGCUGCCGCAGCACGUGGUGCCAAGAUGGAUGAAAGUGUCAGGGAACAAGAGGAAGCAGCGAGGAGAGAAGCUGUGGAACGAUCACGGCGUGAGGCUGCAGAAGAAGCAGCCAGAAAGGAAGCAGUAGAGCGAUCCCGGAGGGAGGCUGCGGAGGAAGCAGCGCGGAGAGAAGCGGUGGAACGAUCACGACGAGAGGCUGCAGAGGAAGCAGCGCGGAGAGAAGCAGUGGAACGAUCUAGGAGGGAAGCAUUAGAAGAGGCGGCCAGAAGAGAAGCAGUUGAAAGAUCAAAACGAGAGGCAGCAGAAGAGGCGGCCAGAAGGGAAGCCGUGGAACGAUCAAAACGAGAGGCAGCAGAAGAGGCUGCCAGAAGAGAAGCCGUGGAACGAAAACGACGGGAGGCAGAAGAAGAGGCUGCAAGAAAAGAGGCAGUGGAACGAUCCAGGAGAGAAGCAGCAUCAGAACAUGAUGAAGCUGCAAGGCGAGAAGCCGUGGAACGGUCGAAAAGGGAGGCAGCAGCAGCAAGAGGUAAACCUGUCCAAUAGAGGACUUGCUCCACAAUGGGAAUGGCAGCAAAACAGGGACCCGUAGAGUGAUUCAAAAAGAGGACGCAGAGGUCCUCUCGUUGGGUCUGUGUCCGCUACCGACAAGAUAUGUACACGAUUUUGUGGAGAAGCCACACCUGUAAUAAGGUUUCGACUUUUAAGUUUCGACUUCAGUUCGGCGCUCAUUUGACUAUUAUGACGACACCAUUACAUGUUUUGUGGUUGAAAGCCGCACAUUGGAUGAAUUGAUAUCUGUGAAUGGCCUCACGUUCCUGGGCAGAACUAUUCAACAGCUUACCGCGUAUAUCUUCUCAUUUUGGAACUGCGGCCGUCAGUCACGGGCAAUAUGGGGAGCCCCAGUCUCCAUCACUUUCUCCUCUUCUCCAAAGGAAAAGUAGGACUCACUCAAAUGCUGGAAACAACCAACAGAUAGCCAUCUUUCGGCACUGCAUCUGAUUUCCACCACCCCCCGGUUCCACCGUUUCAUAUACAUGUAGGCUUUUCCUCUGGUCCGUAAAAUGAAAAGCACAUUGUCAUGGUUUUGUGCAUGGCCACAGCCUCAUAAUUCUGGCUCUGGGAGAUGCUCACUGACCAUAACAGGUUGUUUUGAGAGAGCAUGUGAAAUUGUGGCUUCCCCCACCACUCACCGAAAGAACCAGUCUUCGCCAUCCAGGGCAUAUGAAUGGCUAUAGUGUGGUUUACCAGCAUGACGACAGCCCCUCAUGACCGAAGCCAUGUUGCCGGCAUUGGAAUUCCACGUACCCACCCAGUAGGUUGCAUCAAUCAUCAUGGUUAACUCCGCCAACAAAAGAAUCGUGUCCUCAUGACAGCUGGUCUUGUAUGCCAAGUUAGCUCCCCUGGCGACCGAGGGUAUGAGUGUGUGCAACUGGCAAUGGAUUCCCUUUGAUUGCAAAGCUUGUUGGAGUUCUCCCACCACUGAGUAAUCAUCGGAUGCAACAAAGCAAUGUUCCACAGGCUUCCUUGCGGCAUCGGGGAUUCUUCGGAGUUUAUCGACGUAAUGAUACGCCGUAUAUGGUUUCUUUGCUUCCUUUUCGAGUUUGUCGCCUCGUCGAAUAUGAAAUGCGACCGAAUGAGACUUUGUGAGAUCCGGCAUGUUGAGAGCUUCCUUGAGCUGGUUGAUUUCGAACAGUGCAUGAUCACUGAAUUGUAAAUUGUCACAGGCACAAUCGGCAAAGCGUUGGUACACUUCAGGACCCACAGCCUCAAAUCGUUUGCGAAAGGCUCUUCGUGCUGGUCCACUGGUGGACCAAACAAUAUAGAGUUGAGUUUUGUCGCUGACCCUUCCAAUUUGUUUGCCAGAUGUGUAAUCCGGCCAGGUUUUUUUCUUGGAGGCAUCUAUUGCUUUUCGAUAAUUCUCCACUCCAAAAACUCGCUCAAUGGUGGCAUAUUCAUCCUUGUUGACCACAGGAAAUUUUGGUUGGAAAAAUCCCCUCAGCACUCCUGUCUCCUCAUCCCAUCGGUAUCCAUAAAUGGUGUCAUCUGCAAUGAAUGUUCGAUGGAGACUGUCAAAGUAAAUUUUUUGUGCCAGCAUGUUCAGUAUCUGGCUACCCAAACCAGAAUUUUGGAGGAAAGUAAUGAUAAUCUUGGGAUUUUGUUGUUUCAACUGCUCCCAAUCAUUGGACACUUUGGGUACUUUGAACAUACUGGAAUUGAGAGGCAUGGAUGAUGUGGGCAGCACCAAUUCUGGUGGCUGUGUAGACACCUCUGUAGUAGGUAUGACUUUGGCCAUACUUGUGGGUAGCACUUCUGUUGGUUGUGGAGAAACCUCGUCUGAAGUCGUCGUGACUUCUGGAGCGGGUGUAGCCAACACUUCUGGUGGUUGUGUAGACAGACUGGU